CUCACUUGACCCGACCAGACUAGGUAACUCUUUACUUUUUUUUAUCGUUCCCCUUGUAUUAUCCAUUACUGUAUUGCCCAUUGCACGUCGGAAACCUACAGUUAUUAAUAAGUUCAAUAUCAUCAAGCAAGCGUACGGAAUGAUAUAUGGUUAGCACGGUACGGCGUAAUAUGUAACUAGCCGUGACAUACGUCAACGAUAUCCAAAUGUACUUAGGUUAGGGAUAAGUUGGUUUGAAUAACUACCAGUCUGACUAUUAAAGUGUCUAUCUUAAACUCUAUUACUAUUUAAGAUGUAACUACCUACCUAUCUUUUGAUAACCUUGCUAAGCAGACGCACAAUCAAACGGUUAUUAGGUACAGUAUCGAUACACGAUAUUGCUUUGAAUUUCAAGUGGCUUAUCUCGUCAGCGAAGUUUACUAUGAUACCCAACCGUUAAAGUGAGGCUUGAUACCCGGAGAUACCUUGUAGCGAUAGUUUAAAGGAGGCUGGCUCAAGAAUGAUGUCGGUCAAGCUUUGACCAAUUAGAAUCAUACGUGGCUGCUGUUCCUCCCACAACGGGGUAUGGUUAAUAGGUACUACGCAAGUACCCAAUCAUGAUCUCCUGAACUCACCUACUAUUACAACUCCUGUUCUGAUACGAACGCAAUGCGUCGAACUCUUUACGUCUUGGUAUACCCAUCCCGCUUAUUCGCCGCCCACUGGUCCUUCUGGCUGCCUUACACCGAUGCCGACGAUCGGCAAUCGAAUACCGGCGAUCGCAUUCACGUAACAGGGGACCGUCUCAACGGGUUCCAAUAUGAAUAUAUCCGCAACUAUGACGUUUGCGAAGACGACAGAAACCCCAGUGCCUUUCCCAUCGGGCUGGUUUCUGAGAUGCACUUAACUCAAGCAAACAAGGACGAAACCGCUAUCUCAAGCGGAGAAGACCAGAGAGACUCGGAAAACAUCGUUUUCAAUUCCUUUGACGAGGCCUGUAGGGAAGUGCCAGCACCAGGGCCCAGCCUUAAUAAAGUGAACCCAGAUACUGGCGGCGUCGCUGGAUCCCCUCCUAAGAGGAUGGCAGUUAAAGAUUGCCAGUGGUGGGUGAAAGAAGCAACUUCGCGUUUGGUUCAAAGGGGAAUCCUGCUGCAAUUGGAUGAGGACCAUGAGGGAGAGACCCCGAUGUCAAGAAUUGAUACACUGCCGCGACACUGAUGAAGCUGAAUUUAGUACCUGACCUAACUGAUACAUACCCGUCCUACACCUAAUAGAACCUCAUUUACUCCUAGUACACAGAACAUAAAUACACAACGCCAGAAGAUACAACACUGCGAGAGUG